AUGUCACAACAAAAUCAACGUUUGGUAUUUACUUCUUAUCCUGAAGGCUUAAUUCAAGAGUCAAACUUUAAGCUUGAAACGAUUGAACAGCCUCCAAAGCCAAGUAAACCUUCGGAAGUUGUGAUUCGAUUACUUUGUCUCUCCGUAGAUCCCUAUAUGAGAAUGAGAAUGAACAAGAGUGUUCCCAAAGGUUAUUUUGAUCCAUUCCAAUUAGGAGAACCAUUACAUGGUGGUGUUGUGGCUCGAGUUGAACAAGUCUUUGAAGAAACCAAUUUUCAAAUUGGAGAUGUUGUGUUAGGUGGUCUUCCAUGGAUUCUCGAACAACUAGUCGAUACUUCAAAGACUCCAUUAAGGCGUCUGGAUCGAGAUACCUUACAUGACAUUCCAAAGAGCUAUUUUUUAGGUGCAUUGGGAAUGCCAGGACUCACUGCCUAUUUUGGAUUAUUAGAUAUUUGUCAACCAAAACCAAAUGAAACAGUAGUGGUGAGUGCUGCUUCUGGAGCUGUUGGAAGUGUGGUUGGACAAAUUGCUAAACGAGUUCUGGGAUGUAAACGAGUGAUUGGAAUUAGUGGACAAACUUCACCACAAGUUGUUCAACAAUUAUUAGAAAAUGGUUUUGAUCAAAUUCUCAAUUACAAAGAUUACAACAAUAGUGUGAGUGAAUUGAAACAAGCUCUCGAACAGGCAUGUCCAGAAGGAAUUGAUUGUUAUUUUGAAAAUGUUGGAGGUUUCAUUCUUGAUGCUGUUUCCUUGUGUAUGAACAAGUUUGGAAGAAUUGCAUUUUGUGGUGCCAUUAGUUCUUACAAUAAUAAUUUACCAAGUGAGGAACAAGGUGCUACUGGUACGUGCACGACAUUUGAACAACAAGAUGCCAAUUUACAAGAAAAGUAUGGUCUUGGUCUUCGCUUGACAAGUAUUCAUGUCGUUCGAGAAUUGAAAACUCAGGGAUUUCUUGUCAAUUCGUAUUCCAAGCAAUUUGGAGAGGCCACACAACAACUCGUUCAGUGGACACGUUCAGGUCAAUUAAAAGUAUUUGAAACAAAGGAAAAGGGAAUGCAUCGAAUUCCACAUGCCAUGCAGAGAUUAUUUACUGGAGAAAAGACUGGUAAAGUCAUUGUAGAUUUAGAGAAUUGA